AUGUCCUUGCUGAUCGUCAACGUAAAGUGCCUGACAAACAACAAGACCAUCCAGCUCACAAGUGGCAGGAAUAUUUUGGGAAGAAACAAUGAAGCUCUCGGCUUGCAGAACGAACCCAAACUCAGCAGAAAACAGCUCGACGUCCACGUAGACGCUCAAACCAAGAAAGUCACUGUUGAACGAGUGGGUCUGAGAACGAACGUCUCCCAACUUAAUGGACGUGUUAUCCCAAAAAAUCAACCUGUUGAAGUCGCAAAUGGAGAUUGCGUGACCCUGGUUAUCAAUGCCUAUCCAUGCGUAUUUUCCAUUGUAGAGGCACCUUUCUCUUCGGAUCCGCUGACUUCCCAGGCUGAUCCUUUGACCCUCCGAAUACCACCUCCUGUCGCCAAGCGGCGACCUUUGGUAGAGAUUCGUGAAUCCGAUGUAGAUGCGGAUUCCGACGAUGCAUUGGAUGGGGUAGGAAGACUAUGGCCUGAGGACUUUUCAGACGAGUCCGAUGACGUAUUUGGAUCCGGAGUAGAAGAAUUAUCAGAAGAAGAGCCAGAAGAGCAGCCUCAGGUGACGAAACGUCCCAAAUUGAAGCCCGUAUCUGAAGGAACCUCCAAAAGCAAUAGACAAUCGCGUGCCAAAAGAGACCCUGCAGUCACUACCACUACACAAGGAGGAAGUAAAAGAAAGGACGGUCGCAAACGGCAAGGCGGGCGCCGAGUUACUGCAUAUGGGCUUUUCUCCAAAGAAGUGCGUGCGCAACUGAAGAAAGACUACCCAGGGCAACCGGUAACAGCCAUCACAAAACUGGCCAAGAGACGAUGGUUUGAGCUACCAGACGAGGAACGAGAGAUCUUUGAAGCGAGAGCCAGGCAACAUAACGCUAUUGUGGAGGAAGGCGCGGACAUUAAGGAAGAGGAUCGGCAGUCCGAUGAUAACUCGCCUAAUGAGGAUAGUGCUCAGAUGCGCACGUACAGCGAGAGCAGAUCAUCUGCCGCUGGGAGCGACGUUCAACAGGAAGAGGCAUUGAGCAUAUUGGCUGAAGAGGAGGAACAAAAUCAAACCCAUAUUCCACGGGAUAUCGGGUUCGAUUUGAGUUUGCCUGUUCCUUCACAGCGAAAUACGACGUCUGGUACAAGUUCGGGGAUUACAACUCCGGUCACAGCAAGCAGACCUCUGACAAAUGCGCUCCUGAUGUGCGAAUCCGAUGAAGACGAAUGA